UGCUCCACAGUCCUCAGCUUGGGCUGGCACCCCAACAUUUUGAUGGCUGCAGGGUCAUGUGAUUUCAAAUGCAGACUGUUUUCGAGUGACAUCAAGGAGUUGGACGGGAAGUCGGCCAGCACCCCGUGGGGCAGCAAGAUGCCUAUCGGCCAGCUAAUGGCGGAAUUCGGCAGCAUCAGCCCUGGCGGCUGGGUGCAUGAUGUCAACUUCUCGACCAGCGGGGGCUGCCUGGCCUGGGUCAGCCACAACAGCACGGUGUCGGUGGCCAAUGCCUCCAAGAGCAUGCACCAGGUAUCAAUUUAUGAGGUGGACUAGCAGGACAGUCACAAAUUAUGCACCACUGGCAUCGACGGGGCCAUGAUGAUC